AUGUCACCAGUGCAAUCAAAUUCUUUUGGAAAAGUAUUAAGAGCUUGCGGAACACCAAACGCAGAUAAUCAACGAUCAAUAUAUUCACAAUCAGAAAAGAAUAAUAUUAGAGGACAAACACAAUCAAACGAAGUUAUUAAUUCUAUCCAGACAAGCCUCGAUGGAAUCGAACAUAAACUUGAAAUACUUUUGGAAACUAGCCGAAUAAAUGCACGGUCCACUUUGGAAGGAUGCAACAGCACAAAAUUAUCAGAAUUAUCCACGGAUAAUCUUGUAAUUUUAGCCAAAAAUCUCGGCAGCGUUGACGUUUCAAAAAAAUAA